AUGAGUUAUUCAAGUACAUCAAGGAUGGUACCUGGUGUUUUGUGUGACUGCGAUAAGGUUGCUCGUCUCCAAACUGCAUGGACCCCUGCCAACGCAGGAAGGAGGUACUUUGAUUGUGCCGAAAAAGCUUGUCGCUUCUGGAAUUGGUUUGACCCUCCUAUGUGUGCAAGAUCAAAAGAGAUAAUACCCGGUUUGUUGCAUAAAAUAAACCGGUUAGAAGCUGAAACAAAUCGACACAGUGUCGAACCUGCUAAUGAACUCCAAGAGAAAGAGAGGUACAUCAAAAAGAUGAAGAAACUGGAAAAACAAAAUGCACAGUUGAGGCAGAAGAAUAGAAUUUUACUGGUUUUAGUUGUAGUGUCAAUGGUGUGGAAGUUUAUCAUGAAAUGA